GUCUUCAUGCUAGGCUGAGACUCCAGAGCUUUUCCACGUCAGUGUGUUUACCAAGACUAGAUUGACAGCUGCGGGAGGAGUUAAAUUUAUUCUCUUAUGGAGCAUCUCUUUGAACAGUGAACUAAUCAGCGAUUCUUGGCAAUAUUACGUUAUUAUGCAGUGGAAUGUCCGGAACUUCUAGAUUGCCUUUUUGUCGUAAUAAACUCAACUUUGGUCCUCUCCAUUCACUGUUGACCGGCUAGCCUGCUAGCUUGCCAGGCUAGGCUAGCAUAAGCUACAGCAGGACUCCAUCUUUGAAAUAGCAGCCACACACAGAAAGGCAGCAUGGUGGACAAGAAUAUCUACAUCGUCCAGGGUGAAAUUGGUGCUGUUGUUGGAGCCAUCAAGAGGAAUUCCAGAUGGAAUACCCACACUCCAUUGGAUGAGGAACAGGACCCAUUACUUAACAGCUUUGGUCACCUGAAGGAAGUACUCAACAACAUUAAAGAGCUGUCAGAUGUUGAACCCAACAUUUUCCUGAGGCCCUUUCUGGAAGUGGUCCGUUCUGAAGACACCACUGGACCAAUCACAGGCCUCGCUCUUACCUCUGUCAACAAGUUCCUUUCCUACGGUCUCAUAGAUGCUAACCAUGAAGCAGCAGCAGAGGCCAUUGAGAACAUGGCAGAUGCAGUCACACAUGCUAGAUUUGUGGGAACAGACCCUGCCAGUGAUGAAGUCGUCCUCAUGAAAAUUCUACAGGUCCUGAGGACUCUGCUGCUGACACCAGUCGGAGCCCAUUUGACCAAUGAGUCUGUUUGUGAGAUCAUGCAGUCUUGCUUCAGGAUCUGCUUUGAGAUGCGCCUAAGUGAGCUCCUCAGGAAAUCAGCUGAACAUACACUGGUUGACAUGGUGCAGCUGCUAUUCUCCAGACUACCACAGUUCAAAGAGGAGGCAAAGAGCUAUGUGGGUGCCAACAUGAAGAAGUUGAAGAUGCGUGCUGGUGGGAUGAGUGAAUCAUCGAAAUGGAAGAAGCAAAAACGCUCGCCAAGGCCACCUCGCCACAUGGUGCGAAGUCCCUCUGGUCAGAUGGAGCCAACCCAGUCGAGCACCCUUAACAACAACAGUGUUUCAGGUGGCGUCCUGUUCAUUGAGCAAGGCUUAUCCACCUCUAUCCUACCAGCUUCAGACAGUGCUGGUUCAUCUAUUUCCAGUCCCUCAACCACAGACAGUGGCCUAGACACUUGUUCUAAAGCAACCUCCAGGGAGGACCUCUCUGACAUGGAGCAGUGUAGCUCAUCUGCCACCACCCCUAACACUGCUACUAUUCUCCCUGGGCCUGAGCCGGAUGCACAGUCUGAAGGCAGGCAGGUUGAACCAGCUCACUCAGCUUCGGUGGAGUCCAUCCCUGAGGUCCUGGAGGACAAAGAAUCUGUUACAGAGCAGUCAGACAGCACCUCAGUCCAUGACAUGGACUACGUCAACCCCCGUGGAGUUCGUUUCACACAGUCCACACAAAGAGAUGGAGCAUCUCUCAUCCCCUAUGGCCUGCCAUGUCUGAGAGAGCUUUAUCGAUUCCUGAUAUCACUGACCAACCCCCAUGACCGCCAUAACACUGACACCAUGAUGCACAUGGGCUUGCAGCUGCUGACUGUGGCACUUGAGUCGGGACACAUUGCUAACUACCAAUCUUUACUCAGCCUGGUCAAAGAUGAGCUCUGCAGGCAUCUCUUCCAGUUGCUGAGUUUGGAACGUAUGAACCUAUAUGCUUCCUCCAUACGAGUUUGCUUCUUGCUUUUUGAAAGCAUGAGAAUGCAUCUAAAAUUUCAGCUUGAGAUGUACCUAAAGAAACUAAUGGACAUCAUCACUUCAGAGAACAUUAAGAUGCCCUAUGAGAUGAAGGAGAUGGCUCUGGAGGCACUGGUCCAGCUGUGGAGGAUCCCCAGCUUCGUCACUGAGCUUUACAUCAACUAUGACUGUGACUUCUACUGCUCCAAUCUGUUUGAGGACCUCACCAAGCUGCUGUCUAAGAAUGCAUUCCCAGUGUCGGGGCAGCUCUACACUACCCACCUCCUGUCCCUGGAGGCUCUGCUCACAGUUAUUGACAGCACUGAAGCACACUGCCAGGACAAGGUGGUCAACAGCACUGCUCAUCAAGACCACUCACAAACACUGCUGGCAGAGGGAGAUGGUUCAGCCAAAAAUGGAACAAACACUUUAGCUGAUCUAAGUGGACUGGGUAGCACCAAUGGCCUGAGUCCAGAAGCUGAGAAUUCACCCGUGUGUCCCCCAACCAGUGGACAUCUGAUGGCAGAAAAAAUGAGACUGGGUCGACAGGAUCAAGGAGACAAUGACUCUGCUGAGAAGAAAGCCCCAAAAAAGCCCCAACGUUUCUCGUCAUGCUUACCUGAUUCCCAGGAGUUGAUGGAAAUUAGAACCAAGAAAAAGCUGCUGAUCACAGGCACAGAACAGUUUAACCAGAAGCCCAAGAAGGGAAUCCAGUUCCUGCAGGAGAAAGGCCUCCUCAGUAACCCUCUAGACAACAACCAAGUGGCCCAGUGGCUCAGAGAAAACCCCAGACUGGACAAAAAGAUGAUUGGCGAAUACAUCAGCGAUCGCAAGAACAUGGAGCUCCUGGACAGCUUUGUAAACACAUUCACCUUCCAGGGGCUUCGUAUAGAUGAGGCCCUGCGCCUUUACCUGGAGGCCUUUAGACUGCCUGGAGAGGCUCCAGUCAUCCAGAGACUUCUAGAAACCUUCACAGACAACUGGCAUAAGGUGAAUGGCUCUCCCUUCAUGACCAAUGAUGCAGGCUUUGCCUUGGCCUAUGCUGUGAUAAUGCUAAACACUGACCAGCAUAACCACAAUGUCCGCAAGCAGAACAUCCCUAUGACUGUUGAGCAAUUCAAGAAAAAUCUGAAGGGGGUAAAUGGAAACAAAGACUUUGACCAGGACAUGUUGGAGGAUAUCUACACUGCUAUUAAGAGUGAGGAGAUUGUGAUGCCAGAUGAGCAGACAGGGUUGGUGAAGGAGAAUUACGUGUGGAGUGUGCUGCUACACCGCGGUGCCACACCUGAGGGUGUUUUCCUCCACCUGCCUCCCGGAAGCUACGACAAUGAAUUGUUUACAAUGACCUGGGGUCCCACCAUCGCUGCACUCUCCUAUGUCUUUGACAAGAGCCUCGACGACAACAUCAUCCAGAAGGCCAUCACUGGCUUCAGGAAAUGUGCCAUGAUAGCAGCUCACUAUGGCUUCAGUGAUGUUUUUGACAAUUUGAUAAUCUCCCUCUGCAAGUUUACCACUCUAAGCAGUGAGUCUGUGGAAAACCUUCCUACAGUGUUUGGCAGCAAUAGUAAGGCACAGACAGCAGCCAAGACAGUGUUUAACCUUGCCCAUCGGCAUGGCAACAUCCUCAGGGAGGGCUGGAAGAACAUAAUGGAAUCUAUGCUGCAGCUGUUCAGAGCUGAGCUUCUGCCCAAAGCCAUGGUUGAGGUGGAGGAUUUUGUGGAACCAAAUGGGAAAAUUUCUCUUCAAAGAGAGGAAACUCCUUCAAAUCGUGGUGAGUCAGCAGUGUUGAGUUUUGUCAACUGGUUGACGCUGAGUGGAGCUGAGCAGUCUGGACUCAGAGGACCGUCCACGGAAAACCAGGAGGCCAAGCAGGCCGCUGUCCUCUGCAUAAAGCAAUGUGACCCAGAAAAGCUCAUCACAGAGAGUAAAUUCCUACAGCUGGAGUCUCUACAGGAGCUAAUGAAGGCUCUGAUAUCAGUCACCCCAGAUGAAGAGACGUAUGAUGAGGAGGAUGCUGCCUUCUGCUUGGAGAUGUUGCUGCGUAUAGUUCUGGAGAACCGAGACCGUGUGUCAUGUGUGUGGCAGACGGUGCGUGAUCACCUGUACCACCUCUGUGUCCACACCAAUGAGAGCUGCUUCCUGGUGGAAAGGGCUGUGGUGGGACUCCUUCGACUCGCAAUCCGCCUGCUGCGACGAGAAGAUAUUAGCUCUCAGGUUCUCCUCUCUCUGCGUCUCUUGCUCAUGAUGAAACCUCACGUCUUGUCCCGGGUCAGCAGGGAGGUGGCCUAUGGCCUUCAUGAGCUGCUGAAGACUAAUGCAGCCAACAUCCACUGUACAGACGACUGGUACACACUCUUCUCCCUGCUGGAGUGUAUUGGAGCCGGAGUGAAACCUCCUGUCUCUUUCCAGCUCACCUCCACCACUACUGACAAUGACACAGGAGCCCAGUCAGACAGUGAGCUGUCUCCUCAUCAUCCAAGUGAAGUGAAUGUAGACCGCGGCUACACAUCUGACUCAGAGGUCUACACUGAGCACAGCAAGACCCGGAUCCCUCGCUCCACAACAGACGUGGAUGUAGCAAGCAGUGGAUGGCUCGUGGUUGGGAAAGAUGACCUUGAAUCGAGUAAGACCCCACCAGUCAGCUCUAAAGCUCAGCUGAAUCACCCACUGGUCAACCAGUACAGUCUGACACUGGGUCAGGAUCUUGGCCAACAUGACACCAAGUCUCUCAUCAAGUGUGUGGAAACACUCUCUUUCAUCGUUCGUGAUGCUGCCCACGUCACCCCUGACAACUUUGAGCUGUGUGUUAAAGCUAUACGAGUGUUUGUGGAGGCCAGCCUCAAUGGAGGUUACCGCAACCACGACAAGAAGAAGAGCCACAAGUACGAUUCCUCCAAGUAUAGGCUUAGGAAGAAGGCAGGUGGAAGGGAGAAGGAGGGUGGAGGUGGCACGAGGCGCGGUGGCAGCCGGGCAUCCAGCCAGCGUCCAUCACGUUCCCACAGCGAUGACGAGGAGGAUGAGGGUGUCCCGGCCAGCUACCACACGGUGUCAUUACAGGUUAGUCAGGAUCUGUUAGAUCUGAUGCACACACUGCAUACCCGGGCUGCAAGCAUCUACAGCUCCUGGGCAGAAGAGCAGCGCCAUUUAGAGGCUGCGAGCAGGAAGAUUGAGGCCGACUCCCAGACUCUAUGGAGCAGCUGUUGGUGCCCGCUGCUGCAAGGGAUUGCUUGGCUAUGCUGUGAUGCCAGACGGCAGGUUCGUAUGCAGGCCCUCACGUACCUCCAGAGGGCACUGCUGGUCCACGACCUUCAGACACUUGAUGCAACUGAGUGGGAAUCCUGCUUCAAUAAGGUUCUUUUCCCUCUUCUGACUAAGCUGCUUGACAACAUCAGCCCAGCAGAUGUGGGCGGUAUGGAAGAGACCAGAAUGAGAGCCUGCACACUCUUGUCAAAGGUUUUCCUCCAGCACCUCUCUCCUCUGCUGUCCCUGCCAACCUUUGCAGCCCUCUGGCUCACCAUUCUGGAUUUCAUGGACAAAUACAUGCACGCAGGUUCCAGUGACUUGUUGUUGGAGGCAAUACCAGAGUCUCUAAAGAACAUGUUGCUGGUGAUGGACACAGCAGGAAUCUUCCAUAGCGCUGACUCAAGAACAGGAUUUUCAGACCUGUGGGAGAUCACCUGGGAACGAAUUGUCUGCUUCCUGCCCCAUCUGAGGGAGGAGCUCUUCAAACAGACUGUCAUACCAGAUUUAGCACCCAGUCCUCCAGUAGAGGCCGUGCAGCAAACACCUCCAGCGGGUCGGCCUCCUACCCCUCCACACCCAGCGUCUCCACCACCUGCCCAGCUGCACUCCUUAGGUCCGGUCCCAGUGGCCCCUGUGGACACACAGACCCCCAGCAGACCAGCAUCACCCCAGGAGUCCCAACCCGCCAGUGCCAAUGGAUCAGAUCGAUCGUCUCCGGUCCCACGCUCGCUGUCCCCCAUGCCGGUGCCAUUAACGGCAUCACCUGCCCAGGGUCCUUCACCUUUGAGCCAGUCCCCCCUCAUCCUGCAGCCCCUCGCCUCUCCCCUACAGGUGGGAGUCCCGCCCAUGUCCCUGCCAAUUAUCCUAAACCCUGCCCUGAUUGAAGCCACGUCCCCCGUGCCGCUGCUUCCCAGUCCCAGACCUACAAGUCCCACUGACGAGGUCAAGUAAAAGAACUGAAGUUAGCCUACAGCCCAAGAAGACAAAUAAGAUGUCAGACCUCAGUUAUGCCACAUUUGAUGUAAAGAAAGAAUCUCCCUAAACAUCUGUCCCGGUGCACUUUGAAUUCUUUGUGCCAGUUUUGUCUUUAUUCUUAUCUUAUUCCUGUAAAGACGAUUUGGCAUCAUGUCACAGCAGACAAUGCAGGACCAGAGUCCUACUUGAGUAAUAUAACAAGCUCAAGUGUGACUGAGAUAAAGUGUACAUUUUAAGCAUGGCUGUAGCUGCCCUGAGCUCCUGUGUUGGUGUUUUGGCAGCCUGGGAACAGUUGAUGUGGUCACACUCUUGGUGAACAUUUUACUUGGUGAUUUCCAGUACUUUUAAACUUAAGAUGUUAUAUAUAUUUUAGACAUAUGCAAUAAAAUCUAUUAGAUACAAAAUACUAAAGAUUCUGAAUAAAGUAAAUACAAAUUGAGA